UGCUGCCCUUCACACACCCCUUCCUCUGACGUCACCAACCUGCUAGUGAACGAAUGAAGUAACGACGCACCGACCGAGCCUUUACGGGAGAUACCGGGAGUCUGUCGCUUCACACACACCGUGCGUGAGUCGCUGUCACCAGAGGAUCCGAAACGGCCGGGGGAAGGUCGACACGAACAAUGCGAGCAACCCAGUAACAGAGUGGAAACGAACGGAACCGGACUUAGGAGUGAGAAAACAUACGAAAAAAAGAAAAAGACGGACGGACAAACGGAUCCAUUGCAAUCCACGGUUAAGAGACGAAUAGGUACGGGGGGGUGGGCACGUACUGUUGUUCCGUGGACCAAAACGAGUGGAGCCGAGGUUUAAAUGUUUUAACAGUACCGCCGCCGCCUUGAGAGCGCCAGAGAGCGGGAUCUGCCCAGAGAGAGGGAUCGAAGAGAGCAAAACCGGGAUUUGCAACCAGUUCCAAGUCUUUUUUUUUUAAAUUCCCAUUUGUUUCCGUGGGUGCCGUCACCGGCAACGCUAUCAAGCUGUGUUCUUUAACCAUGGGAUGUACUUUGAGCGCAGAGGAGAGGGCUGCUCUGGAUCGGAGCAAAGCCAUCGAGAAGAACCUCAAGGAAGACGGGCUCACCGCGGCCAAAGAUGUCAAGCUGUUGCUGCUCGGGGCUGGAGAGUCAGGGAAAAGCACCAUCGUAAAACAGAUGAAGAUCAUCCACGAGGACGGUUUCUCUGGUGAUGAUGUAAAGCAGUACAAGCCUGUUGUUUACAGCAACACCAUCCAAUCUCUGGCUGCCAUUGUCCGUGCCAUGGAUACACUAGGCCUUGAGUAUGGAGACAAAGAGCGGAAGGCGGAUGCCAAGAUGGUGUGUGAUGUAGUUAGUCGUAUGGAGGACACAGAGCCUUACUCCAGCGAACUGCUCUCCUCCAUGAUGCGUCUCUGGUCUGACUCGGGUAUCCAGGAAUGUUUCAGCCGGGCUCGGGAGUACCAGCUCAACGACUCAGCGCAGUACUAUCUCGACAGUCUAGAUCGUAUCGGUGCUGCCGACUACCAGCCAACAGAGCAGGACAUUUUGAGGACCCGGGUGAAGACUACGGGCAUUGUGGAGACACACUUUACCUUCAAAAACCUCCACUUCAGGCUGUUUGAUGUCGGAGGCCAGAGGUCAGAGAGGAAGAAAUGGAUCCAUUGUUUUGAAGACGUCACUGCCAUCAUUUUCUGCGUCGCACUCAGUGGAUACGACCAGGUGUUGCACGAGGACGAGACCACGAAUCGCAUGCACGAGUCUCUGAAGAUGUUUGAUUCCAUCAGUAACAGCAAGUGGUUUGAAGAGACCUCCAUCAUCCUCUUCCUGAACAAAAAGGACAUUUUUGAAAACAAAAUCAGCAAGUCACCAUUGUCCAUCUGCUUCCCUGAGUACACUGGACCAAACACCUACGAGGAUGCUGCAGCUUAUAUCCAAGCACAGUUUGAGAGCAAGAAUCGCUCCCCAAAUAAGGAAAUCUACUGUCACAUGACCUGCGCCACAGAUACAGGGAACAUCCAGGUGGUGUUUGAUGCUGUGACCGAUAUCAUCAUCGCCAACAACCUCAGAGGAUGCGGCUUGUACUAAGCAGCCCGUGUCGCACCCGCUCCUUCCUUUCUCCUCCUGUCCACUUCGCUCUCCUCCUCAACCCGCUUCCUCUGACACUGCUGUGGAAACGAUGAUGGUAACAAUGCUGUUUACUUAAAAUAAAACAGAAAAAAAAAAGAAGAAGACGGGGAAAAAUGCAACUAGGUACAUAUUAGUGAGGAUAAUUAAAGAAAAUAUUAGUCAUAAAGAUAUAUAUUAUCUAACUAUCUAUACAUAUAUAUAUAUAUACAUAUACAUAUAUAUGUGUGUGUGUGUGUGUGUAUAUAUAUAUAUAUAUAUAUAUAUAUAUAUAUAUAUAUAUAUAUAUAUAUAUAUAUAUGUGUGUGUGUGUGUGUGUGUGUGUGUAUCGAUAGAUAGAUAUAAUGUUAAUUUUUUUUUUCCUUGCUCUGGGUUCUCCCCCCCAAUGUUCUCUGGCCUGCUGCCAAACAAACAAAGAAAAGUGUUUUUGAAAGGAAACACAGAACUCUGCAGCCUUGAAACCUUCUCGAACAAAGUUAAUGAAAGUCUCUGUUCUAAUCUAAUUUGCUUUUCCGGUGGUGUCAUUUGUCCCUAACGAAACUUUUUCCUUUUUUUUUUUUUUUUUUUUUUUUUGUUACCUAUGGAUUGUGUUUUUGUUGAUUUUGUCCGUAUUUAUUACAUUAGCCGGUACACAGAUUUGUGUUCACAUUUUGUCUCACCUGACCCAUUUGUUGUUUAUUGUUUUGUUUCUGGCAACAGUAGAGUUUACGUCAGAACAUUUUUUUGAAAAAAAUCUGUGAAAAUAUCGAUCGCUUCAAAAAUAUGAAGAGGGUCAGCCAAUCGAAACCUUGGAAAAAUACUCAAGACCUGCUGAAAGUGUCAACCACCAAUUCAUUUCACAUUUGUUUUUUGUUUACAUUGGCGCGACUUUCCCGUUCCGCGAGCAGUCCUGGCAGGGACAGAAAGUGUUUCCUAAAGCUAGCUUUCGCCCGACAACCUAUGGGAAGCAAGUGCCAGGUGACACAUGCAGGGACUGUACUGUAGAUAGCAAUGCCUUUAGAAGCGACUACACGUUAUAACUACCUUUUCUCACUAUUAUAACCUCUACCAUAUAUUCUCAGUGUAAGGAAUCUCGGUCCUGGUUUGAAAAUGUUUGAUUAAUUUAUUCAUUUAUUUAUUGAUGAUCACAUCCUAGCCCAGGACAUACUCUUAUCUAUCGGUCUCUCUUCCUCUACAUUUUA